UAAAUAAAAAAGAGUUUUUGCUAGAAGAAUGUUAAAGAAGCUGCAAAUAAAUUUUAAAAUUAAAUUGACAAUUAAAAUAAUUUGAGUAUAGUUUUUUAUUCGUUUUUAACAAUUUUUAAAGUCAAAUAAAAUGGGAACUCUAAGUUUCUUUCUAUUGACGGGUGCAUUAAUUAACAUCGAAAUUACAGAAUCAUUUUUAUUAAAUUGCAACUAUAUUGGUUAUAAUAUCGCUGACGAGUGGUUCAUACUGGGUCAACUUUAUUCUUAUUGCACGUAUUUAAAGAUUGAAGAAGGCAAUCUACCAAGACCUAUUUUGGUUGAUAAGAGUUGCAACUCUGUAAUUUGUAAUGAGUGCAUGAAAGCUUGUAAUACGUCAAAACCAUUUGAUCUGAUCAACUGCUUAUCGGACUGUAAUUCUACUUCAUGUGAGUUUGGAUGCAAAUUCUAUAGCUACCUUAGUGGUACCACCAAAGCGAAAACAUGUUUAUUAUGCUUGAAGAAAGGUUUUGUUUUUUUGGAGAUAUAAACAGUUAUAGACCUGGAGUUACGUUUCAAGUAAAUGUAUACCCUAUUAACUACAAUGGAUACACUACAUCAACUACAAUAUCUUCAAAUCUUACAACGUUUCAAUUAUUUUCAAGUCUUAAAAGUGUUACAAUACAUCCAGUUAGCAAUCCUACAUAUGAAACACCGACUAGUUUUAUAGUACUUCAAUACAUUUUAACAUGGAGUUAUCCAAAAGAUUUUGAAACCAUUUGCAAAUAUCUUGAAUUAAAAUCAUCCAUGAUUGGCAUCAAAUGUGUCAAUUUCUAAUAACAAGCAAUGGAAUGGAAAUAAUAAAUCAGCAAACACCUCUAUAUGCUUCACUA